CCAUUAAAUCUUGGUAUGUCAGACAAUCCAUCAGGUCAAAAUCCCUCUCAAUCCUAACACAAUUUAUUAUAUAUAUGAACCCUCAAGGCUCAACCAGAAGUUGGGAAGGCUUUCUUCAGCCAAUUGAUUCUCCAUUUUUCUCUCCCUCCCUCUCCGUCUUCUUCAUCCUCAGGCUAUGACUAUGGCACCGAACAAACUGAAUUCCGAGAGAAAUGCAAAUGGGUCAUGUUCACCAUCUGAGAAUGGGUUUGCCCGUUCCUUUUCUCUCUUCCCUGCUGAGGCAGACCAUGAGCUUCUCCAGUCUUCAAUACAGGAAUCAGAUGGUCAUCUCAUAGAAUUUUCUGAAGCCUUGAGAACUGUUGCAAAGGCCCUUAGGCGGGCUGCAGAAGGAAAGGCUUCUGCUCAAGUUGAGGCUGCAGAAUGGAAACGCAAAUAUGAGUUGGAGAGGGCACGGAAUAUGCAGUUGGAUUAUAAAGCAGUGCAGUCACGCCUAGCGAAUCAAGGUGAUCUUGAUGAUGUGAAGAUGGAUAAGCCAGCCAACAAGCCUCCAUUUUGUGAUGAAGAUGGUGAGCUGUCUGAAAGAUGCUGCUCAAGAAAUGGGAUUUGCUCUCAUGAGGUUCUAAGGAAUGGGAAUCCUGAUUCUGAUGCCAAGAUUGUUAGAAAGGCUUCAUUUAAACUUUCAUGGUGCUGCAAAGGUGAGCAAAGUGAUCAGCACAAACAUGAUAUUGUCUCUUUUGAGAGAGGAAACAUAACCACUGCUGAGCGCAGCAGUAGGCAGAUAUCUCUGAAGUGGGAAUCGUGCCCACAGACAGUGCUCAUAUUGACCAAACCCAACUCAGUUUCAGUCCGAAUUCUUUGUGCAGAAAUGACUAGAUGGUUGAGGGAGCAAAAGAAGCUUAACAUCUAUGUGGAACCACGUGUUAGGACAGAACUUCUAAAAGAAUCAUCGUACUAUAGCUUUGUAGAAACUUGGAAAGAUGAUAAAGAAAUUUCACUGUUGCACACUAAAGUUGACCUUGUGAUUACUCUUGGUGGAGAUGGCACUGUCCUAUGGGCAGCAUCUAUGUUCAAAGGACCAGUUCCUCCUGUUGUCCCAUUUUCCUUGGGUUCUCUUGGCUUCAUGACCCCUUUCCAUAGUGAACAUUACAGAGAGUACCUUGAAUCAAUAUUGAAGGGUCCCAUGAGCAUCACAUUACGGCACCGUUUAAUAUGCCAUGUCAUAAGAGAUGCAGCUAAAACUGAAUAUGAAACUGAAGACCCAGUACUUGUUCUAAAUGAGGUCACUAUUGAUCGUGGUAUAUCAUCGUACCUCACAAAUUUGGAAUGUUACUGUGAUGAUUCUUUUGUCACGUGUGUACAAGGAGAUGGAUUAAUCUUAUCCACUACAUCUGGAAGUACUGCAUAUUCUCUGGCAGCUGGAGGAUCAAUGGUCCAUCCUCAGGUACCAGGAAUUUUGUUUACACCCAUUUGUCCACAUUCACUAUCUUUUCGGCCGUUGAUAUUACCGGAGUAUGUCACUCUACGGGUGCAAAUACCGUUUAACAGCCGAAGCCCGGCGUGGGCUUCCUUUGAUGGCAAGGACCGGAAGCAGUUGGCACCUGGGGAUGCACUGGUGUGCAGUAUGGCACACUGGCCUGUUCCUACAGCAUGUCAGGUCGAUUCGACGAAUGACUUCUUGCGAAGCAUACACGAAGGCCUCCACUGGAAUUUGAGAAAGACUCAAUCAUUUGAUGGACCUAGGGAGCUGUAAUUUCUCAGUUCACUUUCUUGCUGGCUAAGUUUACAGGGUGUUCCGACUCCUCAUCAGGAGAUUGAGUAUCUUGAUCAGUUUGACUUUGUUCAGAAUCUCUAGGUGGUAAGAAAUUGGGCUAUCAUAAGUUGAGAUAUCUUGAUUAUAAGGUGUUACAAUCAUGUAUUCUUCUUAGGUAUAAGACUUAUAUACUUAGUCUUAUAUACUUAAUAUAUUUUUAUUCAAUCAAAUCAAGACAUGUGGAUUUUAAUAUAAAGACAAUAUUAAUAACAGGAAUUUGUUAUAAAAUCAAUAAUCUAUAGAAUAUUCAUAUGUCUUGAUUUGAUUGAAAGCAAAUACGACAAGUAUACAAGGCUUAGUAUAUAAUUUUUUCUCUUAUUAGUGUCUUCCUUCUAUGAAUCGUUACUGGUAAUUAUUACCAUAUCCUGCACAGCUAUGGCAUUCAUUGAUGAUGACGAAAGAAAGUAGAGUUUGAAUUAUAAGAUAAUGUGGUGGUGCGAGAGAUUGCAAGAACUAGAUAUAAGAAUCCAAUGCUCUUGUAUCCUAUAUGAUUUGUGCAAGAGAUUGAUUGUAUUCAUGUUGUCAUUAUUUACAUUAAUUUUUUAUUUUUCUUA